AUGGAGGCCGCUCGCGAACAGGCACGGCCCGGUUACCUGCCGGCGUCCCGUCGGAGUCACAUGGCAAUUGAUUUUAUAUUGAACCCAUUGAGUGAGAGAGCCCCCGCCAAUUCCCGAUUCCAAUAUAACUAUCCUGGGCCCCAACAGUCGCCGCUAUACCCUCCCAGUCCUAACCAAUAUUUCUAUUCACCCUACUCAGACGGGCACCGCCCCUACGCAGAGAGUCCUGCAUCAUCGCUGGAUGCGGCGUUCAUGCCUUACUGGGACCGAUCGCCAAAGUCCUCGCCCGGGAUAUACUUACCGGAGCAAUACAACUCUGUCUCCCGCAGCUCCAGCAAUGCAGCGGAGCGGCGACGGCCUCCUCGGCCUAAGUACAAGGAAGAGGAAAUGUACUUCAUCUGGUACCACCGAGUGGACCUCUCCCAGGAAUGGAAAGAAGUGCACAAAAGCUUCAACAAACAAUUCCCCAGCCGGCAGCGCUGGGGAAUCCAGGGAAUCCAAUGCAGAUAUUAUCGAUUUAUCAAGGAUAAGAAGUGCCCGACCCUGCGGGAACAGCAGCGCCUGCGGAACGGCGGCCUCGUCCUUGAGAGAGCGGGCCUUCCCGACUCGGGACCUCUGCGAUUUGGUGUGGUGGACAGGGUCGGGAUCUGGUAUCCAUGGAUGCGCGAAAUCAAAGAUGAAGUGCUCAGCGGGCGGAUACGCCGGUGAUGCAACCACCUAAUAAACCAUUUUGGGUUGCGCUCCAUCCUCUGGAAUUCCUCUGGGACUGGUAACUACUGACUCACGGCUGUUGGAAGAUACCUCUGUUUAGCUUUAUUCAUCUUUCCCUUUCCAGUUUCACCAUUCAUUUUCAUUGCUUCUUCUCUUUCUGUUUUAU